AUGUCUUUUCGAAUUGUGGCGUUUCCGUACACGCCACCCGCUGAUGCGGCGUACGCCGAGGCUUGUCUCCCCGCAAGGCCGGGCACUCGGGUGCGUGUGGUGCGCCGCGCUGAGUCCUGGGCGAUUGUGGAGUCGGGUGGGCGGUUGGGCCUUUUCCCCAUCGUUUUUACCCGCGAUGAGCGGCAGGAUCGUCCUUUGCUGCGUAAGGCGCGUCAGGAGCUUGCCGGCGUGGCAUCCCCGGCACCGGAGGAGACCACCGUCCUUGACAGCGGUGCGCACGGUGAGGAGGUGAGUCGCGCUGCGGAGGCGACCCCGCCGCUCGAGCCCCAACAUGAUGCAAACGAGGGCGUUGUUGUGCCAGGCGCCAGCGGACAUGUGAGCAGCAACACCAGUGAGACAGGCAUCCGCGGCCCGGCAGGCCGUCACCCACACUUGGAUUCUGCUGCGGGUGCUGGCGACGAGGGGGGAGGUGCGGGGGUGGUUGCCUCUCUCCCUACGCAGGUGCGUCUCUGUCGGGUGCAACGCGUGAGUGGGGACAAGCAAGAACACGGCCCGCAGUACAACCGUAAGGGCUGUGGAACUCUACGCGGCGGAGGCGUUGCCACGGAAACCCCACAGCGCGAGACAGAGGGGGAGGAAGACGGCAGGAUCGCUUGCAGCCGCCGCGGCCGAGUAGCCGGCGACGAAGUCACGGGACAAGUUGGGUUGGCCCCGCAGCAUGCAAGGAGGCCCGCGCAGGAUGGCGAGCGCGAUGAGCUGCAGGAGUUGCGCGGGCAGUACGCGGAGCUGGACGCGGAGCUGGGGUGGCUCUCCCGCGUCACGGCGGCGGUGAUGACGGAGCGUCAGCGCGUGAGGGACGCGCACGCUUCCGACAUCACGGAGCGUGCGGCGGAGCGGCAGGCCCGCAUGGAGGAGCUGGAAUGGCUGGCCCGUGGCGCCGCGGCGAAGGACACGGAGCUGAAGGCUGCCGCGAACUACAUUGCCAGCCUCCGCUCCAUUCUUUCGAAGAACAACGUAAGUGGUGCGCCGCCGGGGUCGGCCAGACAACCACCGCCGCAGUUGUGCACCGCGCCAUCGCCAUCGCCAUCGCCAUUGGCGCGACACGCGCAAGACGCGCGGGAGGAAGACCUCAAUGACAAUAGCGAGGAUGAGGAGGAGGAGGAGGAGGAUGUUCCGGAGCCGGUGGAGGCGUUGGCGCGGGACGCAGAGGCGACGGCGGAAGUGCUUGCCAUUAAGACGUGUAUCAGGCAUGAGCAGGAAACCCUGCAGAACUACCAAGAGCAGUACACUCAGCUUACGGCCGAGUUGAGGUGUCUGAGGCGGGUGCAGGCGGCAAUAGAGGAGGAGUCUUCUGCACUGCGCGAGUCUGAGGCGGCGCUGGAGGCGGUGGCGCCGACGGGGUCUUACACGGUGGUGCACAGCAGCAGUACUUGCGACGGUGGGGCGCGGCGGCAAUCUGCGGAAGGCGGAGAACCUUCGGCCGCCUCGCCACGUGGCGCGGGGGAUGUGGAGUUGGUGAUGCGGGAUGGAUUUACGUGGCCCGCCACGCUUCCCGGGCUGACGACGGAGGAGCAGGCGGCCAUCAGCAACUACCAGCGGCUCCUCCACAAGUACGAGGCAAAACUGCGAAAGUGGGAGGAGGAGCAUGGGGAGACGAGGGAGCCGAAGUCGUCCUCCGUGAAUGAAGAACUUAGAGCGGCGAUACUGACGGGAGACAAGGCGCUGAAUGAAUUAAUGCAGCGAACGGCAAAAAUGAAGGAGUUUGUCACCAAGUACGGCGCAGUGGCGGAGUCGCUCGGUGGGCAAGUGGCAGUGAGCCAGCGGGCCCUGCAGCGGCAGCAGAAUAAGUGCAGCAACGCUCUUGCCGCGUAUGAGGCCGCAGUGACAUCUGACGCAGGCGACAUCAAAACCUGA